AUGCUGAAGCCUCAAGGGGGAUUCUCCUUUGAAAACUGCCAGAGAAACGCAUGCUUGGAACGCGUCCUCCCGGAGCUCCGGGCCCCUCAUGCACGCAAGACCGGGACUACCAUCGCAGGCCUUGUUUUCCGGGACGGGGUCAUCCUGGGCGCGGAUACGCGGGCCACUAACGACUCGGUCGUGGCAGACAAGAACUGCGAGAAGAUCCACUUCAUCGCCCCCAAAAUCUACUGCUGUGGGGCUGGCGUAGCUGCAGACACCGAGAUGACCACACGAAUGGCGGCAUCCAACAUGGAGCUACACGCGCUGUCAACUGGCCGCGAGCCCCGCGUGGCCACGGUCACCCGUGUUCUGCGCCAGAUGCUCUUCCGGUACCGCGGUCACGUGGGCGCGUCAUUGAUCGUGGGGGGUGUGGACGUGAAAGGACCUCAGCUCUAUUCGGUGCAUCCUCAUGGCUCUUACAGUCGCCUACCUUUCGCGGCCCUGGGCUCUGGCCAGGACGCGGCCAUGGCGAUGCUGGAGGACCGGUUCCACCCGAACAUGACGCUGGAAGAUGCACAGCGGCUGCUAGUGGAAGCCAUCACCGCCGGGAUCCUUGGUGACCUGGGCUCUGGGGGCAGCGUGGAUGCAUGUGUGAUCACCACAUCUGGUGCCAAGCUGCUGCAGACACUGAGCUCACCCACAGAGCCCAUAAAGAGACACAGCCAGUACCACUUUGUGCCUGGGACCACACCUGUCCUGACCAAAACAGUGAGGCCGCUGACCCUGGAGCUGGUGGAGGAAAUUGUGCAGGCCAUGGAGAUGGAGUGA